AUGUACAACAAAGAGUCGGGUCGGAUUGAAGUGGACCAAGUAAAACGGAAUGGUUACGAGCCAAUAGCACAAAUUGAAAAUUCAACAACUCCACCGGCUUAUGUUGUUCGUGAAACAAGCGAUGGACGAUUGGUCAAUGAUAGUUUCGGAGUCGAGUGGCCGACUCGUCCACCUUUCGGUCGAUAUGCUGAACAAAGCCAAGAAUGCGUCUCACCAAAGAAAAAAAAUCGUGGAAAACAGCGUAAUCGUGGUCAGACUAAAGCCAUGAAAAUUUUCCAAAAUGAAGGCAUCAAAGAGAAACAAAAUGGAAAAGCCGGGAAUCGUCAGAAUAGCGGUUCUGUAGUAAUGCAACAAGAGAAAGAUAAACCAUCAGAUGAAGCGGAAAAAUGGCAUGCCAAUAACGACUAUCUAUUUGUUGGAGCACAAACAUUAACUUCAGUCGCCAAAUUACUUCGUCAGAACGAUUUCCGACUGUAUUAUCAAAUGCCAUCUUUGAAAGAUAAUAUUAUUCCAGUUCACAUUCCAUUAUGCUUGGCUUAUAUGAGUGCUGCUGGAAAGGUGUAUCAUUUUCCAAUAGUUUGCACUAAAAAUGAAGCGACCGGUAGGGAAAGUUGGCGAGUAAUGUACGGUGAUCCACGACCAUCCUCCUUCAAUAGCUUAGCUGCGUUGGUCAAAUACCACAAGACUUACUCGUACAUGGAUCCAAAAACAGGCGCAAUAGAUACUUUUCCCGUUUGGAAGGGUGCUAUCAUUGAUUCAGAUGAUAUUGACUAA